UAUCAACUCUGCUCGGAUUGAUUUAAAUUCACGUGAAAUCCGGUAAUAUAUCUACGCGGAUACUUACGCGGAUAAAAGUAGCCCGGUAGGAUGCACUUGAAUUUUAUACGACUCGUUCCUCUUCCGAUUCAUCAACUCCACUUUAUGAUUUUCCAUUCGUUCGUAUACGUAUUCGCGUACAGCUUUGCGCGCACAUAAAUUCCGCGAUAUGAGUCUAAAGUAAUUUCCGCAACGCUGAAAUUUGUCCGCGACGCGGGUCCGGCGGCCGAUAUGAUCGACCGUGCGAAUGAAAAAUGUCGAACCUUCCUCGUGAAAAUAUCCACCGAGCUCGAUACUUUUGCGGUAUGACUGAAUUUAGAUUUGUUUUUAAAUCCCACUCUGUCAUUAGACAUCGAUUUAUCGGACGGAUGUAGACAUGUUACAUCGGCACGAGAACGACAUUCCGUAUAACCCGUGGGAUUAUCGGUUGUAAUAAUGCAAUAAAAUUUGUGCUUUCCGAGAAAUGUUUUUUUCAAUUCAUACACACCUGGUGUUUCUCAUUUCAUUUUCAGAGUAACUUUGUUCAUCUUAAAAUUACAUGAAUCAAAAUUUUCUAAACCCUCGCUCCGUCCGAUUACGUAUUUAUUAUCCGCAGUUCGAUCGCGAAAACUGUACUGAAUUGCAUGAAUUUCAUAGACGUGCAACUUGCUGUAAUUCUGCUAAUUCAUAUCGGACACCUGGUAUAUUUUUUACAUCUUUAGGAUGGAUGGUAAAUUUUACGAUACAUCAUCACCCGCGCUAUAUGGUUAUCACCAUCGUAAAAAAAAAGGAGAAAAGAAAUUCCGCAAAAACUUCCGACCUACGGUAAUACGUUUUAAAUUGGGUGUACGAGAACGAAGAGCACUUUCCUUUUUUCUUAUUGAAAAUUCAGAAAAUUGCCUGCAUAUCAGUCGGAUCCGAAUGGUCAAGAAUUAAUUAUUGACUUACCGCAGGGAACUCGAUGACUAACGCUGCGUUGGAUAUGGAUCGUUUUAAUUUUUGUUCUUCUACUUUCCCCGGUCCGAGUUUUGAAAAUUUCUCAAAAACUGACGUCGGGUAAUUUCAACCCCGUAGAAGCGGUACGAGAGAAUAUUCCGCCGUCGGACGAUGCGAAGAACAACUGUCGUAAAUUUCGCAACAAUUCAAACCUCAUUAUAGGUGGUAAACACUCGACAAACGAUUUCAAAACAACCGUAAAUCUCACCGAUUUCGCACUCCGCGUAUUUUCAAUAUUUUUGCACACGUCGAAGAUGGUCGCGAUAGAAACGUGCAUAUACUUCUAUAAAUUCUACAGAAGACAGGCGACUCACAAACAGACGGGACGCUUUGGAAAAAGAAAUAAAACGAGCGCACCGCUCCGAUUAUUAAUCUAUCGUUGCCGAAUUGAAAAAAAAAACAAUCAACGAAAGAUGAUUCUUCAGUAUCCUCUUCUGCUGGCAGCAUGUUUCAUCGCGAGUAUCCUGGGUCAAGGUCCUAUCGUAGAAGUGCCGCAGGAAGUUGACCUGGACAAUCUUUACUGUUGGAUGUACGGAGAGGGGAUACAGAAUUUGAAUUCAACCGAUUGCAAUCGUACCUGCGAGGAGGAUGGAAUGCCCAGAGUCUGCGUUUACACCUUCGUCCUGGAACAUUAUCACGCUAUGGGGUCCGCGUGCGGAAAUUGUUCGGAAGGUGUCCUUCAGGAUUGUAUGCACCCUCAGUGCAUACCCGGAGACGGUACGGAGCGAGGAUUGAUGUCGAUAAACAGACGGCGAAUCGGCCCGCCUAUUCAGGUCUGCAGGAACGAUAUCCUGGCCAUUAACGUGAACAACCGAAUGGGCGGUACGGAAUCCACCAUGCACUGGCACGGCAUACUUCAAGAAGAGACUCAAUGGAUGGACGGUGUCCCGAAGAUCACGCAAUGUGGCAUCCCGGAGAGUAGCAGUUUCCGUUAUGUCUUUCCCGCCAAUUACGCGGGGACGUUUUUCUACCACAGUCAUACCGGACAUCACAAAACCAACGGUCAUAACGGGGCACUCGUUAUCAGACAACCAAGAAGCGACGAACCGUUCGGCGAUCUCUACGACGAAGAUAUAUUCGCUCACGAGAUAGUAAUGAGCGAUUACAUGCACGACUAUGCCGAAACCUUUUUUCCAGGACUCGUUUCGAGGACACCGGGAAUUGUUCCGGUCAGUUUUCUGAUCAACGGCCUUGGCCGAUGGCGCGAUCCAGCCAAUAAUCAGACCACUCGAUCACCGCUGGCCACUUUUCACAUCAAGGAGGGAGUCUCCUACCUUUUCAGACUGAUCAAUGCCGCCAGCUUGGUUUGCCCGCUGCAAUUCCAGAUCGAAAAUCACACCUUGACCGUUAUCGCAAUGGACGGAAGUAGCGUGCAACCGCUCCAAGUGGACAGCAUUGUUUCCCUGUCCGGGGAACGUUACGACUUCAUCGUCAACGGCACACAGAAUCCGGGCGCCUACUGGAUCCACAUCAGUGGUUUAUUCGUCUGCAACGCCGAGGACCGGGUUAACCAGGUCGGCGUGUUGUCUUACGGGACUGCGGAGGAUGAGCUCGGAAUUUAUCCAACGACACCCGAGCCAACUUUGGACAACCCUCUGCCCUACUCAACGCGUCUGAAUCACCCCGACGCUUCUUGCGAUUUGGCCGACAACGAAUACUGCGUUACCGAAACCAGCGGCGUGUCGGAUGACCCCAUCGUCGACGCUACCGAUGUCCUCCGGAUCAAUCUCACCUUCGGCUACUACGAGUGGACGGUCGAAUCCCUUCACGGUACGGCCGAGAACCCGGACACGGAGUACAACGUAUUUCAACUGCGACCCGUGAUGCGAUUGGAGAGCGGAGUCAUAAACGGUAUCACCAACGAAUUUCCCGACAGAGUUAUGAUGCUGGACCGAGAGGGUGGUGAUUUUUGCAACGCUCAAAACAAACCGGAAAAAUGCACGGAUAACGGAUUUUGCUCGUGCACGCACGUGAUCGAGUUACCGGAAAAUACCGUCGUCGAACUCAUCCUUCGGGACCUCGACGAUUUUCAAGAACCUCGUAUCGCUCAUCCGUUUCACCUGCACGGUUACGAAUUUUACGUCAUGGAACUCGCGCGCUUCAACGAAACGUUGAAGAUGAACGGAUCGCAGAGCCCUAAUGGAAUUCCGCCGCUCAAAGACACCGUCCUUGUGCCCCAAGGUGGCUCGGCCCGACUUCGAUUCUUCACCGAUAACCCGGGCGACUGGCUCUUCCACUGUCACUUCGAGUGGCACAUGGCCAUCGGAAUGUCGCUAGUAUUCAGAGUUCGCGGUCCGGUCUACCCGCCGCCUUCCGAAUCGAACUUUCCCACCUGCGGAAGCUACGAACCGAUCUCCGACGAUACCUGCCCGGCGAGCUUUUCCACAUCCGCGUCCACCUCCGCUCCUCGAUCGCCACCCACGCCCGUCUCAACCACUACCCCUUCGCCAUCUGAUAACGAGGUGUAGUGUAAACUUUGUAAUUCACCAAUUAAUGUUACAUCGCUACGCAGUCCUCGACAUUUUUCUUUUCUGAUUCGGGAUCGAUUCGAGUAUGCAAAUGUAACGCAAUCACUCGUAUCGAUCGUGUAAAAAAAAAAAAAAAAUAAUACACGAUGUCGUUCGAA